UCAUGAACAUGAAGUCACAUCGAGUCACAAUUAUGAAUAUAGUUUCAUCAGCGUUCUCUCAAGAGAAUCUUCUUCUGGCCGUCAACCGGUGUCAGGCAUUGAGUGGUUUUCAGCCACUUAGCAAUCCGCGUGUAACGUGCGUUGCCUCUCACUUGGUUUCCUCUGAAAGCUAUCAAGCCAGAACAUCGCACAGACAGAUUGCUGAUAGGCCACUUUACUACCUUACUGGAAUUUCAUUUGACGGCUACUACUAACUAACGAACAGCAGCAAGAUGGUGAACUUUACCGUGGAACAAAUGCGGUCCAUUAUGGACUUGAAGCACAACAUCCGUUCGAUGUCUGUGAUCGCUCACGUCGAUCACGGAAAGACAACAUUGACGGAUUCCUUGGUGCAAAAGGCUGGAAUUAUCUCUGCCAAGGCGGCUGGUGGUGCUCGUUACACCGAUACCCGUGCCGAUGAGGCCGAGCGUGGAAUUACCAUCAAGUCCACCGGUAUUUCCAUGUUUUUCGAGUACGAUGUGAAAGCUGGUGAGGUUGCCGGGCUUUCCGCGGUGGAUGAAGCUGCUCUGGCACAAGAGUUGAAGGAUAAACAGGAUGAUCAAGCCAACGUCCAGAUUAGCGAGAACUCGUACUUGAUCAAUCUUAUUGAUUCACCUGGUCACGUUGAUUUCUCUUCGGAGGUUACCGCUGCUUUGCGUGUCACUGAUGGUGCUCUCGUCGUUGUCGAUACCAUUGAUGGAGUCUGUGUCCAGACCGAAACCGUCCUUCGUCAGGCUAUUUCCGAGGCUGUCAUCCCUGUUCUCAUGGUUAACAAGGUCGAUCGUGCUUUGCUCGAAUUGCAGUUGCCUGCCGAAGAAUUGUACCAAGCUUUCUGCAGAGCCAUCGAGUCCGUCAACGUGAUUGUUGCUACAUACAACGACGAAAAGCUUGGUGAUUUGCAGGUCCACCCAACCAAGGGUACUGUUGCCUUUGGAUCCGGUCUUCACCAAUGGGCAUUCACCUUGAAGCGAUUCGCCAAGGACUACGGUGCCAAGUUCGGUGUCCCAGAGGAAAAAAUGAUGCACAAAUUGUGGGGUGACUGGUACUUUGAUGCCUCCCGUAAGGUCUGGACCACCGCUGACAAGAAUGGUUCCCUCGAACGUGCUUUUUGCCAAUUUAUCAUGACCCCCGUCACCACUCUUUUCGAAGCCAUCAUGGCCGAAAAACACGGAAAGGUCAAGAAGAUGUUGAAGGCCAUCAAGGUCGAGCUCAAGGGAGAAGAAAAGGAACUCGUUGGAAAGCCUCUUCUCAAGCGUGUCAUGCAAAAGUGGUUGCCUGCUGGUGACACUGUGUUGGAGAUGAUUGUGCUCCACCUUCCUUCCCCCGCCAAGGCACAAUCCUACCGUGUCGACAGUCUCUACGAUGGUCCUCUCGAUGACAAGACCGCCACUGCCAUUCGUACCUGCGAUACCUCUCCUGGCGCUCCUCUUUGUAUGUACAUUUCAAAGAUGGUCCCCACGUCUGAUAAGGGACGUUUCUACGCCUUUGGACGUGUCUUCUCUGGAACGAUCGCCACUGGACAAAAGGUCCGAAUCAUGGGUCCCAACUUUGUGCCUGGAAAGAAGAGCGAGCUUUGGAUCAAGAACAUUCAGCGUACUGUUAUCAUGAUGGGACGUUACACCGAACAGGUCGCCGAUGUCCCCGCCGGAAACACAUGCGCCCUUGUCGGUGUUGAUCAGUACUUGCUAAAGUCUGGAACUAUCGCCACCGAAGAGGAUGCUUGCUGUAUCAAGACCAUGAAGUUCUCCGUCUCUCCAGUUGUGCGUUGUGCUGUCGAGCCAAAGAACUCUGCAGAUCUUCCCAAGCUUGUGGAAGGUAUGAAGCGUUUGGCCAAGUCCGAUCCAAUGGUUUUGUGUUACACCGAAGAGUCCGGUGAACACAUUAUUGCUGCAUCCGGAGAGUUGCAUCUUGAGAUUUGUUUGCAGGAUUUGCAGAAUGAUUUCAUGGGAACCGAGGUUAAGGUUUCUGAUCCCGUUGUCUCUUUCCGCGAGACCUGUACCGCAAAGUCCAGCGAGACUUGUUUGGCUAAGUCCGCCAACAAGCACAAUCGUCUCUUUGUGGAAGCUGAAGGUAUGGGACCGGAACUUUGUACGGCUAUUGAUGAUGGUAUUGUGAAGGCGGGAGCAGACAACAAGCUCCAAGGACGUCUUCUUGCUGACGAUUUCGGUUGGGAUGUCACCGAGGCCCGUAAGAUCUGGGCUUUCGGACCUGACGGAACUGGCCCCAAUCUUUUCGUCGAUACCACAAAGGGAGUCAACUACUUGCUCGAAAUUAAGGAGUCGGUGGUCGGUGGAUUCGCCUGGGCUGCACAGAGUGGUCCACUUUGCGAGGAACAAAUGCGUGGAUGCCGUUUCAACUUGAUGGAUGUUGUUCUCCACGCUGAUGCUAUCCACCGUGGUAUGGGACAAAUCAUGCCUACUUCCCGCCGUGUUUGCUUCUCGUCGAUGAUGCUUGCCGAGCCUUUGCUCCUCGAACCCGUCUACUUGUGUAAUAUUUCCGUUCCACAAGAUGCUAUGGGUAACGUCUACGGUGUGCUCACCCGCCGUCGUGGUCACGUGUUCACUGAAGAGCAAAAGCCGGGAACUCCCCAGAUGACAUUGCUGGCAUACUUGCCCGUCAUGGAGUCUUUCGGUUUCACCGCCGACUUGCGUUCACAUACCGGAGGAAAGGCAUUCCCACAGUGCUCGUUCGAUCACUGGGAACCCAUGUCUGGAUCCCCCUUCGAUGCCGGCACCAAGACCAAUGAGACUGUCCUUGCGGUUCGAAAACGUAAGGGUCUUGCUGAAGGUGUUCCCGAGCAAAAGAAGUACCUCGACAAGCUUUAAACAUGCCCUGCAUAAAACGAAAGAGAAAAUGGGGGCUGCUUUAUGGCUCGUAUCGCGUAUAAUGAAAUAAAGAUAGUAUUGAACGAAAUAAAAGAUAGUAUUUAAAAAAUGUGCCCGAAUC